AGGUCAUUGUUAUUUAGUCUGGGUUCAUGGGGUUGUUUACUAUUUUAAAAAAGCUUAAACAGAAAGAGAAGGAAGUUCGGGUGUUAAUACUGGGAUUAGACAAUGCUGGCAAGACAACCAUCGUAAAGAAAUUUAAUGGUGAAGACAUAAACAGUAUAUCUCCAACACUAGGUUUUAGUAUUCAAACACUAGAACAUAUGGGUUUCAAAUUGAACAUAUGGGAUGUCGGUGGACAAAAGUCUUUGCGAUCAUAUUGGCGAAAUUAUUUCGAAACUACUGACGCACUAAUAUGGGUUGUGGACAGCUCAGAUCGCCUUCGUCUUGAAGAUUGUCGGGUAGAACUAUCUAAACUGCUAGUUGAAGAACGAUUAGUCGGUGCUACUUUACUUGUGUUCGCUAACAAACAAGAUUUAUCUUCAUCAUUGAAACCAUCACAAAUACGUGAAUUAUUACAUUUAGAUGAGAUAACAACACAUCAUUGGUUAAUUCUUGGUUGUAGUGGAGUUACUGGGGAGAAUUUACUAGAUGGUAUAAAUUGGUUACUCAAAGAUGUAUCUUGUAGAAUAUUCUCAUCAGAUUAAUUAAUUUCUAUUUUGUUGGAAUUUACUUCCUUUUAAAAGAAAAUCAAUUUGUGUAAUUACAUCAUCAACAAUGUUUAUUAUAAUUCCUUAUAUAUGAAAAUAACAUUGGUAACAUGAUUUUAUGCGUAAAUAAUAAGCAUACGAUAUGAUUGUACACAUUACUUAUGCCUGUAAAUAUAAUAAUUAUUUCAA